AUGGCGACAGGAGGAGCCGCUGCAGCCAGCGGCGAGGACAAGAGCAACGGGGGCAAGAUCCCCGUACCCGUCUUCGAUGGCACGAGCAAGACCAUGAAGAAGUACCGCCGAGAGGUCGCCACCUGGCAAAUCGGCACCGAGGUCAAGCCGCCCAAGCAGGGAGCGACCUUGCUGGCCAGCCUCAAGGGCAAGGCCGAGGAGGCGUGCGAGGAGCUCGACCUGGACGCCAUCAAGGGUGAGGACUCGGUGGAGGUGUUCCUGGAGUACCUCGGGAAGCGCUUUCCCGAGAUCGAAGUGCUGGGGACCCCAGCGCUGCUGGAGACCUUCGUGCGCCCGGCCUGCGUCCGGCACAAGUACGAGGAGAUCCGCGACUACAACAACCGCUUCAAUGGGAUCGCCACCAAGCUGAAGGCCAAGGGCAUCCAAGUGCCCGACGAGGUCUUGGUGGACCCGUACAUCAAGGGGGCCCGCCUGCCCCCGGAGCGCGCGGCGAGCGUGCCCAACGGUGUGGGCAACCAGUUCAACCCCACCAAGAUCCAGGAGCAGUUGAUGAUCAACUUGCCCAAGGUAUCUGUCGUGGACGGCAGCAAGGACAGCCACGACAAAGGAGGCUACGGAGGUCACAAGAACAAGGACCACAAGCGGGCGUACGCCACGGAGACCUACGAGGAGGAUCGUAGGGCCGAGCUCGACGGCGCGUCCUCAGACAGCUCCGACGACUACGAGGACGAGCUUCCCGACGAGCUGCAGGACGUGAUCGACGAGGCGGAGGAGCAGGUAGCGUUCUUCACCAAGAAGAUGGUGCGCGCCAAGGACAAGCUGAAGGAGGCGAAGCAGGCGCGUGGCUACUUUGCCAAGCGCGACGGCGGCAACCCGCCGAAGAGAGACGAUCCCAAGAUCGCCAAGAUGAAGGCCAGGACACACUGCGGCGCAUGCGGCCAGAAGGGCCAUUGGCGCGGUGACCCGCAGUGCUCGAAGAAGAACGACCCUAACGCCAAGGCCGACAUCCCGAAGAAGGGAAGCAACAGGACGAACAUCGCCACGCACGAGACCAGCGACGCGCAGGAGCCUCACGUGGCGGAGAGGACAGUCGCGGCGGUCCACCAGCAAGACCAGCGGGCCGCGGCUCGCGACAGGAAGUACGGCGCGCUGCACAGCAUCGACUGGACGCAGAUCCGCCAGGCCGCCGAGCUACCCGAAGAAGUUACGGCGGCGGCGUUCUUCAUCAAUAAGGACCACCAGUGCCUGAUGGCCGCGACGAGCUCGGCGCUGAUCUACCUCAGCGUCGAGGACCUGCUGAAGGAGUCGGGGGGCAAGCUGACCUUCGACACGGCCUGCACUCGGUGCGUCGGCGACCUCGACUGGUACAGCGACAUCAAGAAGAGGCUGGCCGCCUUCAACAUCCAGCCCAUCGAGUACCCCGAGAAGGAGCCGUUCCGGUUCGGGGCGUCGAAGGUGGUGUUCAGCCUCAAGGCGGCGCUGAUCCCCUGUUCGGUGAACGGCAAGGCCUUCACCGUCCGCAUGAGCAUCGCGCGCAGCGCCGUGCCAGGACUGUUCAGCCGCAAGGCCCAGAGCGAGCUGGACAUAGUCUACCACGCCGGAGACAACAAGCUGGACAUCAAGUCGAUCGACGAGCACAACGUCCAGAUGGGCCUGAGCCGCGCCGGACACCCGACGCUGGACAUCACAGGCUUCACGCCGGACUAUAAGCCCGUUUUGGACGUCUCGGAUACCAAGGCCGAGAUUCGUUUUCAUCCAUGCGUUUCUUACCAUGCUGAGACAGCUGUGGCCAGCGCCGCCAAGCCGGUGGUGCCCGAGGCUCGCCACCCAGGAGUUACCUCGGAGGCCGACGAGUCUCCGUCGGAUACUGACUGCAAUGCGCUCGAUAGCGCCGAACUGUUCGAGCAGCAGCUAAACCUCGCAGCGAUACUCAGUCACGGCAUGUUCGAUUUCAGCAGCAAGCAAGCCGUAGCGAGCCACGAGAUCAGCCAUCAGCACGCAGUCGUCAAACUACAUCAUCACCGCAGCCAUCCGGCUCGAGUUCAACGGUGGCUCCACCAGCGAGUACGACGCGUGCCGUGGCAGAUCCAGCCACCGCAGCUUUUCACGAACCAGCGGCCGGCGCUUAUGCCCCCGUCGCACCAGCGAUGCACGACAUCUCCCAAGGAGACGAGCCCGGGGGGCAGCGGCCAGAACUUGCCGACGACGAGUACUGCCCGUCUUCCGGCGAUAUCCAGCAUGCGGAUGCCGGAGCUGCAGGCCGAGGUGGCAAGCUACGACUUGGAUGUGCGCGACGCCACGUGCGACCAGCUCCGGGUGAUCUUGCGUGCGCUGAGGGCCGAGGGCCGCGAGAGCACGCCGCAGGACGACUACAUCCCGGGGCUCGGCAAGAAGAACAAGGAGGAGCUCCAGCAGCUGCGUCGGGACCGCCAGAUCGAGUUCGACCAGCGCACGCCCGUGCCGGAGCUCAGGCAGCGCCUCAAGGGCUGGAAGGUCGAGGACGCGGUCAGCAGUGCCGCGGCGACGGUGGCUCAUCCGAGCUCACAGAUCACCGGGGCCGACAAGAUGCGCUUUGGCAAGUACCCCACGGCGGACUACCGCUGGGUGCUCAAGAACGACCUGGGCCACGCGCAGUGGGCGGUCCUGGAGCUCAAGAACAAUCGGGCAAGCCCACUCCUGGCGCGAUUUGCCAGGUGGGUAAAGGCGCACGGAGUGCAGCCCCUUCCCCCGGAGAAGGCCAAGACCACCUUGGAGGCAGUGAUGGCCGAGGAGGUGGUGCUGGACGACGAAUGGCCGCACGAGAUGGACACAAGCGACAUGGGCUUCGAGAAGGCGGGCGAGACCGACAAGGACGGGUCGCCAGCCCCGAGGCGGCGGUCAGGCAUCAAGAAGGGCAAGCGCGUCGGCCUCCUCUACCAGGUCACGGGCUUGCUGAGCGCCUUCGCCUUUCAGACGGUGCUCACCGCGGACUGGCCGGCUAGACCUCUCAAGCCCGUGGUGCAGCAUGCUACCAGUGCUGCGCGAGACGUGGUCGACCACGUCCAGGACGUCAAGGAGGCCUACAGCGUUCGCAGCCACCGCGUGGACGUAAUGCAGGUGUUCGGAGGCGAAGGCGGCAUCACCGAGGCGGCGUGGAAGCGCCGGAUGACGGCCACAGAGGUGAUCGACCGCAAAUACGGAUGGGACUUACGAAAGCAGAAGGACCUCGACGCGACGUACGACCUGCACAGCGCCUCAAGGCCGAAGUUCGUGUCAAUCGAGCUACCCUGCACCCACUACACGAACAUCACGCACCUCAAAUUUCGGACGCCGCAGGCCAGGCAGGCGCUCCGACGGAUCUGGAGGACGGAGCGGCCGUUCCUUUUAUUGGCCCGCGACCUCUUCAAGUACCAGCUCGACUCUGGCGACAUGGCCAUGAUCGAGAACCCGGCCACCAGCCGGCUCUGGACACAGCGCGCGAUUUUGGAGAUACUGGCAGAUGAGCGCGCGCACCAGGUGAGGCUGCUCGUUACCCACAAGGAGUUCGAGCAGCUGAAGCGCACCUGCAGCCACAAGCACCACGACCAGACCUUUGGGGACAACGUGGCGGUGCGCAAGUCUGGCGUUUAUCCCGCUAAGUUCUGCAGAGCGGCGGUGCGCAUUGUGGGGCAGGCGAUUCGCCAGCAAGGAGGGCAUCGCGCCUACCAGGUGGACUGCCAGUCGCACUCGUCGCCCUUCAUCGUGACAGUGCCCAGGGAGCAGGCCACCGCCUACGUAAACGACACCGCGCCCCUGGGAGAGACGGGCGAGCCUGAUGGGGACCCAGACCCCAUGGGCGGCGGAGACGACUUCGCCGACACUCACGACGUGCGGUCCGAAGAUACUGUGGACGGCAGGAUCGGUGUCGGCGCGAUUACUUUCACAAAGAAAGCAGCGGCCUGCUGCAAGCCAGCCGAGCUGGCCAUGCUCAAGAGACGCCACGUCAACUUGGGCCAUCCGUCCAAUGAAGAUUUGGGCCGCAGUUUGCGCCUCAAAGGCGCUGAGUCGGCCACCGUCCAGGCCGUCAAGGGGCUGAUCUGCGGGGACGUCGACGGCAAGAGCUAUUGGUAUUUCAGCAUCGUCGACCUGGCCACCACCUUCCAUGUCGCGACGCUGAUCGAUCGCCACACCAGCCAGGAGUUCGCUGCCGCGUUCGAGAGGUGCUGGGCCUCCUGGGCGGGCGUGCCCGACCGAGUUCACUUCGACAUGGAGAAGGGGUUCGGCGGCGCCCUCAGCGAGCUGUUCCAGUCAUUCAACACGGUGCAGCUGCCCAUCGCUGGUCAGGCACAUUGGCAGCUCGGUCGCGUGGAACGCCAGGGAGCUUGGUGGAAGGAGCUCGCGGCGAGGACGAUCGAGCACUCGUCGAUCAGGGGCGAGGACGAGAUGCGGACGCUGGCCAUCAUGGUAUCGGGCGCGAAGAACUCGCUGAGAAGGCGAGCAGGCUUCAGCCCCGCGCAGUGGGUGCUGGGACGCGACCCCAAGAUGCCUGGAGACCUAGUCGACGACACGGCCAACUACAGCGCCCACAGCCUCGCGGCCAACGACGAGAAGAUUCGCCGCCGAUAUGCCAUUCGGACGGCGGCGCGCGAGUCGUUCAUGAGGAUGCAGAACGACGACCAGCUCCGGCGAGCUAUGCUGGCUCGCGCGCGCACGGUGGCGACGCCCUUGUCAGUGGGCGAGAUGUGCUACGUCUUUCGCCAGGCCAAGAAGAAGGAGCAGCGGGAGCAGCACAACCGCAACGCCAAGAAGGGCAUCUGGCGAGGGCCGUGCGUAGUCAUCGGCCACCAAGGCGAGAACACCUGGGUCUCGCUAGGAGGGCACACCAUGCUGGUGGCCCCGGAGCACAUCAAGGCACUCGCUCCGGACGACGUCUGGUUCCCGAACGGCAGGGGCAAGAUCGGUCAGGCCGUGGCCGAGCUCAACCAGGCUCGCGACUCGCUCGAACAAGAAGAGGCUCAGGUGGUGGACAUCCGCCCGGCGCCUGGCGAGCCCGAGGUCAAGCCAGACGAGAUGGAGCAGGCGUGGCGGGAAUUCAUCGACAACCCGGACGACAGCGACCUCAAGCUGAACGUCUCCGAGGAUCCGCCCCAGCAGGAGCAGAUCCAGGUGCGGCCCGCCGACGUGCCGCAACAAGCUGAAGAAGAGCGAACCUACGGCCCUGACGAGUUCCGACGACGUCGAGCUACCUUCGACGGAGGGGACAGCGGCGACUUCGGCCCGGCCUUCAAGCGACUCCAGACCGAGAGGGAGCACGCAGGAGGCAGCGGCCGGACCCGAAGCAGGAGGAGCCCGCCAACGUUCGAGGCCGGCUCCAAGACAAGUAUUGCAAACCUCCUGACCGAGAGGUCCAAGCGCAAGCAGGCCGACAAGGAGAUCCACUGGAGGGCCAUCAAGGACUCUGAUCGGGAGCUCUUCAGGGAGGCGGCCGCCAAGCAGUGGAGCGAGUGGCAAAAGUAUGGCUCUUGUCAGGUACUCUCCAUCGAGGAGUCCGAGGCGAUCAGGGGCAUGAUCAAGCCCAGCCUCAUCCUGCCCAGCCGGUUCGUGUACCGGGACAAGAACGCCCCGCUGCGGACCGACAAGCAUCCGCUGCCGGUCAAGGCAAAGGCACGACUCUGCGUCGGGGGUCACAUGGACCCGCGCCUCGCUCAGGGCGACCUGCGGACGGACGCACCCACGGUCACCCGCAACUCGACCAUGCUGUUCUUCACCAUCUGCCAGAGGUUCGACCUGGAGAUCUACGCGGCGGACGUGGAGGCGGCUUUCAUGCAAGGCGAAGAGCAGCCCGACCAGCAGCUGCACGUGGCCCAGCCUCGCGAAGGUUUGCCUGGGCUGAACCCGAAGCAGCUGAUCAAAAUCCUCAAGGGAGUUUUCGGGCUGGCCACGGCACCGAGACAAUGGUGGGCGAAGCUCAAGAGGACAUUGCUGGCGGUGGAGGAGAAGCUGAGCGACAACUGCGUGUUUCGCCUACACCAGCACUCGCUAGACCCAGCGCUGUACUACGGCUACGACCAGCACGGUGAGCUCUGUGCGGUGGUGGUCGCCCACGUGGACGACUUGCUGCUGGGGAUCUCGCACAAGUACCCGGGCCUCUACGACAGGCUUCACAAGUUUUUGCCCUGGGGCGACUGGCGAGGCUUGCCUUCUACCUUUUGCGGCAGGCAGGCCUGGCGAGAUCAAGAGGAAGCACUACAUCUACGACAGACCGAGCACGCGAACACCAUCGAGGAGAUUCCGCUCAGCAAGGAGCGCAAGACGGACCUGUCGUCAGAUGCUACGCCAGCCGAGUUCUCGGACAACCGCUCCGCACUCGGAGCGCUCGGGUGGCUUUCAUCGCAGACUCGUCCCGACCUGGCAGCUGGAGUGGCCACGGGGCAGCGGACCCAGAACAAGCCCACCAUCCAGGACUUGCUCGAGACGAACAGGCUCAUCAAGUUGGCGCGGAAGCACGCGGACGUGGGUUUGGAGUUCCCUAAGUUACGUGGACCUCUGUGCCUGGUGACGUACCACGACGCCAGUUGGGCCAACGCUGACGAGCCAGCUGAAGGCGCCAUCUCCAAGUUGCUCGCCAAGACCGCGGGGGCAACCAGUAAGGACAAGAAGAUCAAGAUUCGCUCGCAGGCUGGCUACGUGAGUUUUCUCGCAGUCACAGAUUGCGCCAGCUUGUACGACACGAUGCAUAAAGACGGUUAUUCCAAGCUCCCGUCAGAGCGGCGCCUUUUGCUCGACCUAGUGGGCCUCAAGAAAUCACUAGAAGAGGAAGUUAGCAACGAGUUUAUCGCUAACGAUCAGCGCAGCCAACUACCCCUCUUUUGGGUUCCGACUGAUCAGCAGCUCGGUGAUCAGUUCACCAAGCGAUCGGACGGCAGUGCCAUCAGGGCAGCGCUGCGAGACACACGUCUCGCUUUGCAGCAUCAAGAGCCGACGGACCAGGCCAGAGAGCACGAGGCACACCUGACCAGUGCCGGCUCACUUUUCAAGCAGAUGCGCGGAGGCAGGCUGACGUCUCACAUCUCUGACGCUGUGCCUUUUGCGGCCGCGGAUGUGACGAGCGCCCCCGGCGAGGGUGCAGCCUCUGGCGAGGAGGAGCAGGCCGAAGGCCCCGCGGCGGAGGAGGGGUUGCCCGCGGCGCACUGGGACGGCUGGAGCGACGGCUGGAGCGAGACGUCUGUGGCGGUGCCCCCCGAGGGCGGCGGCGGCUGCGACUUCCUCGUGUGGCGCGACGCGGAGGAGUUCGCCGACGACGUGCGCGUGGGCUGCGAGGUGAUCGAGGAGGCAUUCGAGGAUACCGUGCUGCGGCUCGCCACUGCGUGCGCAGGCAUGCUGCGCCGGGCUGGGCCCGCUCAGCGCCGCAAGGGCCCUGGCGUGACGCAGCAGGGCAAGGGGCUCAGGGGCAAGCGGGCCCCGUCCUGGCAGCACAGGACGAGCGUGGCGUCCACCGCCGCGCCAUCCGCCCUCGCCUUCGGCGGCGACUCCGCCAGCGACUGA